UUUAUAUAAAGUUAAAUUAAAUCUGAGUUCCGCGAAAGACUCAAAUCCUUUCCUCGUUUAUCUCCGCCUGGAUCUCGAAGACCAAACGAUGUCCGCCGCCGACGGAAUAUUCCGCUGCAUCUUCGAAGGCUGCAUCUCCGGCCUCGACUCCGCCAUCGAGCGGCGUCCUUACCACAAAAACUGCGACUGCGCGCUUCACGACGGCGCCAAGAAGAGUCAGAACCAGCGGCGGAAGCCUUGCCGGCGCCACGGGAGCUCGGAGAGCAUCUCGUUCCCGAUCCGAAGGUCGUGGAGCGAAGGCAACAUCAUGGCUAUGAACUUCCCGGCGGCUUCUUCGUCGUCUUCUUCGAAUCUACAGUCGCUUUCUUCGUCUUCUUCUCUCGCGACGCUGGCCGAUUUGCCGGCGGAGACGGCUGCGGUGGUGGAUCAGAGGAGACCUCGUCAGCUGGGGUGGACGAUCGACGAAGGUGAUGAUUGAUAGAUCAUUUUCCACGUUUAAGGUUGUUUGUUGUUAACUGCUAAUCUCCCGGAUUUAAUUUAAGUCUCGUCAUAAUUAUGUUUUCUAAUUUUUUGCUGGUUCCAAAAAAAACAAAAUCAAAACUUUGAAGAGAUUUGUGGAGUCUUUUUAUUUUAUUUUUGCGAUAUUGGAGUUAAAUAUCAUCAUUAAUUUGUGUAACUUUUUUUUGUUCAAUUCGUGGAGUCAUUGUCAUUAGACAACAGGGGAUUUCGAAUAUCUGUGGUUUCUACGUUCAUAGGGUGCCAUGUGUUUGGGGAGUCAAAUGUUAUUGUUAAUGGCUUAGUGUGGAUCUCGUAAGCAAUGUAUGAAAAGGAAAUCAAACGUAUAAAUUUUUAAGCA